AUGGAACAGCUGCGACGCACCUGGCUUGUUCCUCUCACGACUUCUCGCGAGAAGGUGGGCACGUCGAUUAGCUCUGCGGAGUUCUCGUCUGACGUGGUGCAGCUUGACACGCUCGAGGACACAUGGGGACUUCCACGUCACGCAUUCGAUAUUCGCGACCCCAAAAACGCCAUUCUACUCGAGGCAAAGCUUUGUGGCUCGUUUGAUGCAGAAUGGUUCCUGUUACCAGCGAACCUCACACUAAUCUCGCGUCUGCUUAGCUACAAUCCACGGCACGGUGACAUCAAUCAGUGUUACGAUGGAACUACCACGUUUCAGUAUCGGAUUGUGACGUUCCCCUCGAUGCGCGACUGUUCGUCUUUUGUCAGGGACGCAGGCUAUACACCGUCUGGCAGCUCUCGACCCAAAGAUGCCGAAGAUUCCCAAUACCCGUCCACUAGGUUCCCUUUCAUUGACCUCCCAGUUCCGUACCACUACGCCAUCGUCAACACCGGUGCGAAACUGAGGCGCGUGUUUCCAUACGGAGAAGUGGACAGUAAGAUUUUCGACUGCCCCCCUACAACUAGAUGGAACAUAAACGACGUCGAACUCAUCUACGAUAGCUGGACUCACGGCCCGUCCCCUGCCCUGUGGCCGCGAUGGCUGGGACCUGAUGGUGUCCCGUGCAAGUGGGGCAAUCACGAAUCGGAUGACGCCUCCGACGACUCCUUUUCUUCGACCCGGUCCGAGUCGAACCCCGCCGAUCCCGCCGAUCCAAGCCGCACCCUCGACGCGGGUGACGAAGAUGAUGGCUCCCCCUGGCAUGUGUGGAUCAAGACCUGGAUUGCGAAAGUCCACGAUGCAGUUCAAGCAGGGAGUGCUAUUCCCAACCCGGAAGCGGCGGAUGGCGAUGUUGGCCUGGAAGUGGCGGAUGACAGUGCUGACUCUGAGGUGGGGGAUGACUUGAGUGUUGACGAAUAG